AUGACGGGAGACUCUAAUGUGAAGCUUCCAAUGGCAUUCGGAACUAAACUAACACCAUCUCUGGAAAAAUCAGUUGUUGAUAUGACUCUUUAUCGCCAAAUGAUAGGAUCUCUAAUAUAUCUGAAACAAACCUCUUCACUCGGUAUAUGGUAUCCUGCGAAAUCGGGUUUCAUCAUACAAGCAUUUUUAGAUGCUGAUCUUGGAGGAUGCGGGUUAGAUAGAGAAAGGACAACUGGAGGAUGCCAAUUUCUUGAUGGCAAACUUGUCAACUGGCAGUCCAAAAAGCAAACAUGUGUCUCGUUGUCAACAGUCGAAGCGGAGUAUAUUGCUGCUGCAUCUUGUACUUCUCAGGUUAAAUUGCAAAAGCGAAUGAUGGGGUAG